AUGACCAUGCGCGCGAUGCCUCUGCGUGUGAGUGGUACGAUUGCUCGCUUAUCUUUGCCGUUGGGUUUGUUGUUAGUAACACUUUCCACUUUCAUCACCACAGUUCGCGCAGACGAUGAUGCGAUUUCCGUCCAAGUGCCGCCCAAGAAAGAAUUGUGUUUCUUUGAGGAUAUUAAUAAAGCUGGGGUAAAGGUGUUCUUGCAUUACUUGGUGACCUCAGGAGGAUCUCAAGAUAUUGAGGCGACCAUCAAAAAUCCCGACAACUCGAUGAUUUGGUCAUCAGGCCGUGAUACUGAGGGUCGUGUGUUAUUCAAAUCGAGGGGUUCCGGCCGCCACCGCUUUUGUUUCUCGAAUAAGAUGAGUACCAUCAGCGCGAAGGUGGUUGCAUUUUCCAUUACAGUGGGGGAUGAGGGGUUGGAGGGUGAGGAUGGUAAAAAGGAUAAGAAAAGCGAUUUGGGAAUGGAUCCCAUUGAAUUGGCUGUGAGGAAUAUUCAACAUGGGUUACGAGAGGUACUUGAGGUUCAGCAGUACAUCAGAGGCCGCGAACACAAACAUCGCGCCGUUACCGAGGUGGCAAACACUCGUGUAUUCGUUUGGGCCAUGGCGGAAAUUCUCAUCAUCAUAGCAAUGAGUUUAGGUAAUGUGUGGUACCUGCGGCGUAUUUUCAACAAAAGAAGAGUUGUAUAG